UUUCCAUCCUCUCUACCCAUCCACAUCAUCGUGGCAUCAUCAUCCUAGCAUCGAUCUCUCUUCAUAUCCCCGCUUUUCUCUCUCUCGCUCUUCAGAAUGGGUGUUCGAGAACAGUUCGCCAAGGUGCAGCAGAAUGUUGCGAUGCGCGUGGGCCAGACCAAUGUUGUGUACCGCGACCUGACGCGCAUCUUCAACGCAACCAAAGCCUGUGACCAUACCAACUUGACCGACAGCGAUUUGAGGACCCUGGGAAUCACCCUGGCCGCGUUUGAUCUGCAGGGAAAAUCCACCGGUGAUGCCAAAACCUUCUUUCAACCACUUCCAAAGUCCGAGUUGCCUGCCAUUGACUGGGGAAGGGUCCGGUUUUCGGACUGGACGGAGGGAUACAGCCAUGAGCCCCGCCGAGUGGAACGAGUUCUCCAAAGUGUCUCCAAUCGACUGUGGUGUUCCUGGCUGGAGAAUAGCAAGAAACAACCCUGGGUGCAGCGCAAGUGCUACCGCGAGAUCCCUAGUAUCGCAACCGGCGAGCACACGCCCGACGUCCCCUACGAAUGGCAGACCUGUGGCGAGAUCGAAGCGAAGUCAUUCGACAUCCCUCAUUGCAGCUUCCGAGUGUACCAUUACGCCGAGCCGGAGGAGUCUCUGCGUCGCAGCGAGGUUCUGCCCAUUGUCGGGUACAUGAGAUGGAGACUGUCCCAGUUUGAUUAUAUCUGCCACCACACAUUUCCGGUCCUGGUUGUCUCCAUCUUCCGAUCCAAAGCGCGUAUCCUGCAGGCGUACCAUGAUGGACAGCGGCUCCACAUCUCCAAAAGCCGGUUCGUUGACUUCCGAGAGCCCAAGCGCGAGAACUACGAACUGUUUGUGCGCUGGAUUCACGGGGUACCCUGUGGUGACACCGAGGCCCCUCUGGGAAUCAAAGGCGAAGAAAUCGACCAAGUUACCAGCGAGCUUAUCGAUGACGUGCUCCACCGGCUUUUCAGAACUAGCCAAACAAGUGCUGCUGCACGGCGCGCAGUUUAGGUAUUUCUAGGGGGACCUGGAGCCGAUAAAUUGCAGACCUAAAUGUGAAUUCAAGGGUCUCCCUGUUUCUUUCCGGAAUUUUGUUGUAUGUAUUUAGCUUAGUUAGGGUUUGAAUGGCCUGUGACAGAUUGCAUGAG